AUGCUUGUUCUUGAGGCUAGACGAGCACUGAACAUGGAGCUCCAAAGAGUCAAAUACUAUGUCAUAAUAGUGGAUGAAGCCACUGACAUCUCAAAGUCAGAACACAUGUCCUUAUCAAUACGUCACUGUACUGAAGAGUAUGAAAUAAGAGAGGACUUUAUUGGUAUUUAUGAAUGCAGGGAGGGUGUAACAACAGAUGCUCUGUGUGAAUACAUCAAAGAUAUCUUAAUAAGGUGUCAACUGGAUUUCAUAAGAUUAGUUGGAAUGACAUUUGAUGGUGCAAUGACCAUGAAAUCUCUGGCAAAGAAAAUCAAAAGUGAAAUGAAUGAAUCAGCUAUUUUCAUUCACUGUUUAGCACAUUGCCAAGAACUAAUCUUCAAAGAUGCCACUAAGCAUUGCCCAGCAUUGGAGGAUGCUCAAGCACCAUGUGAAAAUCUGUAUGUCAUCGUAGGGAUCAGCCCUAAACGUGUGGCUUUAUUUACCAAGAUCCAGGAUGAGAGUGACAGUGAUGAUGUGUUGCGUCUCCAGAACCUCUCAAGGACUAGGUGGACAACAAGAGGGGCUGCAGCCAGUGUUAUAACUUUAAAACACGCGGAACUAAUAGCAACGUUAAAGAUGAUUUCCGAGGAUAAAAAUACUGAUAGCAAAUGCAAAGCCAAAGCGAAGGGGCUUAUCACAAAACUGGAAACCGCCAAGCACAUGUUUAAUAUGUUUUUUAUGAGAGAUCUUGCGCAUAUUCUGGAAAAGAACUAA